ACUUUCGUUCAGUUUUUUAAAAUCGUCCCUUCUUUUUAGUCUAUUGUUGGCACUUACGAAACAUUCAAACACGGACGCCAUAAAAGUUACCGCUAAGAACAAGAUGGAUAAGUUAAAGAGAGUUUUGGGAGGACGAGACGAAGAAGAAGAGGGUAUAAUGACACAGAUAUCUGACUCGACAUCAUUAAGUUUUUCGACAAGAGUGAAAUGCUUUGCCGUAUGUUUUGUAGUAGGAAUAGUUUUAUCCAUAUUGGGCACUGUUAUGCUCUUCUUUCAAAAAUGGGCAGUUUUUGCUGUCCUUUAUACCUUGGGAAAUAUUACAGCUUUAGCCAGUACUUGCUUUUUAAUGGGUCCAUGCAGUCAAUUGAAAAAAAUGUUUGCAGAGACAAGAAUUUUUGCAACAAUUAUUGUUUUCAUUAUGAUGGCUCUAACUUUGUGUGCUGGUUUAUGGUGGAAAAUUGCUGCUCUCGCUUUGGUAUUUUGUGCCCUACAAUUUGUGGCCAUGGCUUGGUACUCUUUGUCCUACAUACCAUUCGCAAGAGAUGCGGUUAAAAAAUGUGCUGGCAGCUGUAUGGGGGAAUAG